AUGUUCAAGAAACAAGACAAGAAUCAAGUUAAAGCCUUACCUCACUUACCUGGUGGGCCAGCAAUGCUACAGCCAAAUGGUCCGACUAGCCAGAACAUGUCUUCGGGUCAGAACAAUCAAGGUUAUGCAUCUGCUGCCCAAGGUGGCAAUGGUGGUCAUAAUCAGCAAGGCUAUCAAGAUCGAUAUGCUCAGCAAGAUGGCAACCAAAAUAUGCAAGACGAUGUAAAUGGAAGCACACCAUGGUACAUUCAAGAUGCCAAAGUACAGGCUGAAGACGGUGAAGUCCCACCACCUGUCUUUAGCUCCCAGCCCAGAACCUCCAUGUCCUUACCGGGCCGUAGAGGCUCAAUGCUUCAACAGCAAGUGUGUCGCAUGGAUUAUGGCAUUGACCCAGUAAAUCUACUUUGCGAUCGCCUCUCCACCUGGCGCGUAUCAAUCAAGACCCUGGUCAAGAUGUUCAAAAGCAUUCAUGAUGCAGAAUCAAAGAGCUCUAAAGGAUACUGCAAUGCCAGCAAGAAUUUUGCUCUCCCGUCUGAAACAGACCCCAAUAAAUUUGUCCAUUCAGGCGGAAUUCAGGAUGUCUGGCUGGCAUUCAAGAAUUACUCACUCGAGGAAGGCACUCUCCGACAGGAUUAUGUCCAUUACAUCGAGAGAGCCCUUUUGCCUGGUCUGCGUGGAAUUAAGACUGACAUCAAGACCAUGAUUGGCUCUAUCCGCAAAGAUCCUGAGUUGAGGAACCAGAAACUCUAUGACAGCCGUCUUACAGUCGACCGACUGGUCUCCAGACUCGACAAGAAUCUCAAGACAAUCACCCAAGUGCCCGAGCAAGCUGAUCAGAUUGGCGACCCACUCUUACUCAGCCAAGGCAAACUGCAUAUUCACAUUCUGUAUUUAUCUCUAUUAGCCGUAAGACAAUCUAUCAAGACACUUUAUGAUCAAGAGAACACCCUCCACGAUCAAAUGCUCAACCUUCAGCAAGAAGUGUGCGUCUUUGAGCAGAAUGUGGUCGAGAGUCUGCGUCUGGUGUUCCAGGAAUUCAAAAAAUUCCGUCUCGAGAGCAAGAUUGACUCCCCCAGCCUCGUGAACGAUAUCGAAGCUAAAUUUAACGCCAUACGCCCACAAACCGAAUGGAAGGACUUUGUCCAACGCAAUCAGUUCAAUCUCGUCCGUGAAGACGCGACCUACAAGUCUGACCGCUUGAUCAGCUACCCAAACCAAAACCACCAUCUUGUCCAGCCAAUCAAAGAAGGCCCACUGGAACGCAAAUCCGCCUUGCGCAAGUCAUGGGUGGAAGGUUUCUACAUUCUAUCUCCUGCUGGCUUCUUACACGGCUACAAGUCUCCCGAUAUGUUCUAUGAGGACCCUAUGAACCCCGAGAGCACUGUGUUCUUGCCACGUACUAAAUUUAGUACCGAUAAUACCGACGAAGACGGAACCUUUGAGCUGCGUGGCAAGGAUGCCCAGGUUACUCUCGGGCUUGAGAAGACAUUUAUCUUUAGAGCGAUCAAUGACCGCGAUCUCAACAGAUGGCUCAAAAAUAUCACGCAAUGCAUGGAACGCUAUAAGCCAAUGCCUAUGCUCCCAGGCCCAGAAUAUAGCGAUGAGUCGUCCAUGGCUGGCUAUCAACAAAACAACCGGGAUUCUCGAUACAUGGGAUCUAACAAUCAACAAGGCCAGAAUCAACAGGCAUAUCAAAAUGGUCAAUACCAGAAGCAACAACAACAACAACAGAACAACAACUCUAAUGCUCGGUAUCAACAAACCGAGCCACGCCAGCAAGUAUCAAACAGUGCUAAUGAUAGAGGUGGAUAUGUCUCUAAUGCCCAGCAGGAAGGAAACUCGUAUCACAGAACAGCUCAAUACACUGAGGAAAACUAUCCAGUCAGAGGAACAUCAGCAUACUCAGAAACAAGACAUGGUGGUCAGAAUGUUGGUCAGACAGCCAGACAGAAUAACGCUGGUCACCGACAACAGGGUUCUCAGAAUGUCAGUAUGGAUACUACAGCCGCUACAAUCUCUACUGCCCAGACUCCAGAUGAACGCACGGCUACCUUUAGUCCUUUCCUAACCGAUCGCUUUGACCAGUCACCACCAGCACCACCCAAGAAGGAAGAGAUUGAUGAAGAACAAUCCUUGACUGAAGAUGGUGAUGAGCAUUACACCAGCUCAGAAGAGCUAGGAUCCCAGACAAUGGACGAUAAUGACGAUAACUGGGAUACACUUCCCGAUGACGGUAGAGCAGCCACCACCAAUAACACCACUAAUACUACUACUACUACCCAAAAACAUUCUUGCCAGCCUCAGAUUGUUGAACCUCAAAAUGCCACCGAAGACCAAGGGGUAUUCAAGCGUUACUUGGGCAUCUAA